AUGGCGACUACUACCAUUACCACAUCUACUGACUCUGUGAAGCUGGAUGCUUCCGGACCACCGACCACCAAGAGAGAUGGCCAACUCCCCAAGCCCAUAGACAUCUAUGGCGCCCCGUAUUUCGACAACGAGAAUGGGCAAACCCUGCCCCCGCUCGAGCUAUACGACCACGAUGAGCGGGGAAAGUACGCCGAUCCGACAUUCUCGUCUCUCCUGAAAGAGGGCAGUACCAUCAAAGACGUUACAAAGUCGAUCGGCGCCGAGGUGAAAGGCGUCCAGCUCUCGCAGCUAGAUGGCAAGGGAAAGGACGAGUUGGCGCUCUUGGUCGCGCAGAAAAAGGACUUUGCCAGUCUCCCCAUUCAAGAGGCCGUCGACUUUGUAAGCUAUUUUGGAAGGCUGCAUGUUCAUCCCGUCAGCGGUGCAUCCAAGGGCUUUCCCGCCGUUCAUCUCGUCCACCGCGCACCAGAUGACUUGACGCCGCAGAGGGAAUUCGAGUCCAAGACCACGUCCAUAUCGUGGCACAGCGACGUGAGUUACGAGAAGCAGCCGCCGGGGACGACCUUCCUCUACGCCAUCGAGGUUCCCGAGGUCGGCGGCGACACCAUCUUCGUCAACCAGGUCAAGGCCUACGAGAGGCUCUCGCCUGAAUUCCGUGAGCGUCUGUCCGGACUAAAGGUCGUGCACUCUGCUGUUGAGCAGGCUGAGGCGGCUCGCAAGCGCGGGCGCAAGGUCAGAAGGGAGCCAGUGUCGACGGUGCACCCUCUGGUCCGCACCCAUCCUGUCACGGGCGAGAAGGCGCUCUUCGUGAACCCUCAGUUCUCGAGAUACAUUGUCGGAUACAAGAGGGAGGAGAGCGACAACCUGCUCAACUUCCUUUAUCGGCACAUUGCACUGGGCCAAGACUUUCAGUGUCGUGUAUCCUGGGGUCCUCGUUCGGUUGUCGUCUGGGAUAACAGGGUUACGGCCCAUUCGGGCAUGGUAGACUGGGACGGGGCCUUGUACAGAUAUAUUGCACGUCUGGCUCCCCAGGCAGAGGUUCCUGCUGAAUAG